AUGGAAUGCUGGGUGGUCUUGUCAUUGGCCUUACCGCGGUGCGGGGAGGAAGAAGAUUUGUGCCUAGCAAUUAGCGAGGCCUUCGCUGGUAGUGAAGGUACUGGAAUUCUGACGACUGCAACGAAAACUCCAGAUGGCAAACAUUACAUCGUAUCCGGCGGCAAGAAAUGGAUCACGAAUGGUCAAUUUGCCGAUUAUUUUAUCACUGGGUGCAAGAAAAGCAGAGGAUUCUCUGUUCUUCUUAUCCAAAGGAAUGAAGGCGUUACAACGAAGACUAUCAAAAUAUCCUACUCCGCUACAGCGGGUACUGCUUACGUGCAAUUUGACAAGGUUAUAGUUCCUAUUGAUCAUCUGUUUGGCGAGGAGCAUCAGGGAUUCACCGUGAUUAUGAGCAGCUUCAACAAUGAACGUUUUGCCAUGAUUUGCGGAUCUAUCCGAGGCACCCGAGGUAUUGUUGAGGAGUGUCUCAAAUGGUGCGACCAACGAAUAGUUUUCAAGCGCAGGUUGGUUGACCAGCCCGCCAUUCGGUCCAAGGUCGCCAAGAUGAUUGCGAGCGUUGAGGCAGCGCAGGCAUGGUUAGAGCAGAUCACCGAGCAGAUGGUCAAAAUGUCAUACAUGGAACAAGCAACUUAUCUUGGUGGCCACUUAGCAUUACUCAAGUCUUUUACCAAGUCGCCGAUGAAGCAGUGA